GUCUUCUCAUCAUGGAUCUGCAACCUCCGUCGGUGCUGGCGCACUUGCCGCACCCGUUGCACGCCUCCAGCGGCAAAACCCAUAUCGCUGAAGUCUACAGCUUGGCCGACUCGAAAAAGCGCAAGAGACAUGAAGUCGUCGUGGCGGUCGACGGCGAAGCCGUGAACAUCUACAACAUCCAAACCCCGAAACUGGUCACCUCGUACGCCCUGCCCCCGCAAUCCACGUUCUCGUGCCAGCCAUGCUCCGUCCGCAGAAAGGUCCCGAACCACGCGGCCGUCAAGAGACAGACCUACGUCGCAGUGAAGCAGCAGAUUAAGUCGUUCGUGGAGGAACACGGUGGCAAUGGAUCCAGUGCGCCCGUCAUCUCUUCGUCGUCCUACACGGUGACCGACUCCGACAGCCCGGCGGUUUUCCUGGGAAUCGUCCCGACCGAGUCCGAAGAGGAGGGAUCGUUUGACGUUCUAGCUGCUCACCAAGAUGGUCGCGUACGCAGGCUGUCCUCCGAUCUCGAGACCCAGCAGUGGAGCCUCCGGCACAGCGAGAUCGCCAAAACCAGCGCGACCCAUGAGAUCCGGUCCUGUUUCCUCGUCGAGUUCGAAGACGCCAAGAAAUCCCUGUUCAAGCGCCGACAAGAUCUGGCAGCUCUCGCCUUCGGAAACCUCACCGAGUCUGGCGUUGAUGAGCCCUCGGUGUUGCUACUCGUUUCGGAGCCCACCGGCUCAACCCAGACGAAGCUGAGCGACGUGAAGGUGCAGAUGUUUUCCGUUCCCGCCAACGUAUCCGCCCAGGGCCGCGACGAAAGCCAGAAGAUGCGACACCUCCUUACCGUCACCAUGCCUGAGGUGGAGGGACAAGAGACGAUCGAACGCCGCGAUUCCCAGUGGUACUUCCAUGUGGGAUCGGCUGGGCUGAACCUGUCGUUCGAAAAGGGAUACAUCAACUUCGACCUCUCUCAGUACGCUCCCACGGUCACCUCGAAGUUCAUUCUGGAGAACGAAGACUUCUCCUCCAUUCUGCGCAUCUCGCCCCAGUCGGUGAUCGGCGCUGGCCAGUCCAUGAUCGCAGUCUACGACACACAAUACAAGUCCGUGCAGCGAAGCAUCCCCGUUGACGACGUCCCCGCCGGUGGUGCCGGAGCCAAAGCGCGCACCACGUUUGUGAGUUACUUCGCGAAGCUGGGAGUCGCUGUGGCCGCAAAGAACAACACCCUGUUGGCCUUCGACCUGAGCACGUCGCACACUGCCGCACCCUCCCUCAAGCGGCCCAGAGAUGGACUCCUGAUCGACGCCAUCGGCCGGGGUAUCGGAUCCUCCGCCUCCCAAUGGGACACCGCGUCGAAGAAGCACCGGACCGACAACAUCACAUCUCUAGGCUUCACCUCGCCCAAACAGGCCGAGCAGUGGAACCAAGUGACAGCCUACCUGCGCAAGUGUGCCGCAUCCAAGGACGCGGACGGGUUUGACCACGCCGUCAGGGGAUACUUCGGCAAGACCUUGAACUCGCCAGACCGAUUCGUCCACCCCGAGAGGACGCUCUUCCUGCUGUCGUUGAUCUUCUCCCUGCAGGAGGAUGCCGCCAGCGAGGACAAGCUCUCCGCCUCCUCCUCCUCCCGCCUGUCCAUCGAGCUGUGGCCGCAACAGACCUGCAAAUGGCUCAUCCAAAUCGGUCACCUCUCCCUGAGCAACAUCGAGAUUGCCCUCCGCCGGUCCAUCAAGCCUCGCGUCCUCCCCUCUCUCCCCGCGGGCUCUCUCGCCCAAGCCCUGGUCGACUCGGACCCCUCCCUCCAACGCCUCAUCGACGUCCUCCAGGGCCGCGUGCUCUCCUCCCCCGACGAGCUCGCCUACAUCCUCAAGCUCCUCAUCAACACCGCCCGCGCUCGCUCCAUCUCCCUCGACGAAGAAACCCCCAAGGCCCUCACCAACGGCGAACCCACCCUCACCGACCCCUCCACAGCUCUCACCACCACCACCACAACCCCCGAAGCCAGCCUCGCCAACAUCUUCCUCGCCCUCAACACCACCCUCGAAAAGCUCCACCACCACCCUCUCCCCGCAACCACCACAUCCAUCCGCUCCGUCCUCUCCCGCACCGAAAUCAUCUCCAUGGUCCACCACCUCCGUCUCUCCCUCGCCACAGGCGGCUACACCUCGCGCUUCACGGAACCCGCCCCGGUGCCCGUCCCCGCCGAGCAAACCCAACCCCCCCUCUCCCUCCCCACCAUCAUCUCCCUCCUGAACGCCUCCAUCGACGCCAUCGGCCCCUCCGGCUGGAUCUCCGCCUCCGCCCCCGGCAGCACCAUCGACGACUCCCCGAUCCGCGACCAGGAACUCAUCGCCGACAUGAAAUCCGAAAUCUCCGCCGCUCUCGCCGGCGUCGAAGAGGCCACCUACCUGAAAGGUAUCCUGCACGAAUACCUGGGUUACGCGCACAGCGUCGUCCGCUCCUUCUCCGCCACCACCUCGUCCGUCGCCGUCGACGCCUCCGGCUCCGAAACCCCCGCGUCCGCGCUCGUGCGCCACGAGAAACUCAACGGCGCCGACCUGAUGAUUUUCGGUGCGCCUGAGGAAGGCGAUGAGGGCUUCGAUGGCGAUGCCUCCGGCAAGCUCUUGCCCCUGUCGCUCAAGGCGGCUUCGACCGAUGUCAGCAAGACCAAGAUCAAGUUGUCCACCGGUGAGGUCAAGACGAGGACCAGUCGAGAGAUCGGCUACCUGCGGAGAAAGGCCGCUGGGAAGUACUCGUUUGAGAGGCUGAUUGUAUAGUUUUGUGUUGUAAGGAGCUUGUGGCUGGUGUUGUGUUUUAUUCUUAUGGUGAUCGUGAUGGUGUAUGUAGGUU